AGCAAGCAAGUGUAUGUCAAUUGCGUGUCCUUCAUUUCUUUCGCGGAACCCCAGAAGGUGAAAUCCGUUUGGGAAUAGAUGAGAAUCAGUAUUUUAAAACGUUAACAUAACGUACAUCAGUCAACGUAUAAAUUGAGGUUGUAUACCACUCCGACGUAGUUCAUUCUAGUCUCAGUUUUUGCUGUAUUAGGUACUCGAUUCGAUUCGCCCAACUCUAUCAUGGAAGUCAACAUGGAUAAAAAGUACGAGGAAGAUUUGGAAAAUUUCUGUGAUCACGGAGAUAUUGGAGAUGACUGGUGCGGUGAAGAUGUACUUCAAGCCAUUUUAACAUGGAUCAAAAGCAAUAUCGAAUGCGACGAUCCUAUUCUUGAUAUAGGGUGCGGUAACGCUUACAUCAUUUUUCAACUGUAUCACCAGGGAUUUGUCAACGUCACCGGUAUUGAUAAAUCGCCAGUUGCUAUUAAAUUGGCCACAGAAAUUUCCCAUCAGGAAUGUGUUAAAGUUAAACUAGAGGUCUGUGAUGUGAUGGGCUCUGUUCCUUCUGAUACGGCACAAUCGCCACUCAACAAAAAAUAUCGACUGAUUUUGGACAAAGGAUUGUAUGAUUCCUACGCAACUGCAGUUAGUACUGUCUACACCAAAGCAAAACAGGAGCAGUUUCGCGAAACUUACUUAAAAAAUAUGCACGAACUUCUUAUGCCUGGUGGAAUUCUUUUGGUGGCAACCUGUGGUCACACCGAGACUUAUUUGAAACAGACCAUCGGUCAGAGAGGUCAUUUCAAAGUUCGCGAGGUGCUUCCCACUCCGUCGUUUGAAUUUGGAGGAAAGAAGGGACAUAACGUAACCGUAGUCGCUUUCCAAAAAUAGAAUGAAAUGUUCAAUAAAAUUUCAUGAACCAGAAUAAAUACACAUUUCAUAUAAAAA